AUGGCAUCAACUGUAACUGUCAGCGAAUUUACGUCUCUUAAAGCAAGUAGAUUGGAUCAUGAAUGCAUUGGCUCAGGAUUGGAUUCGACUAUGAAACGCGAUCGUAUUCCACGAAUGAAUGAUGCCAUAAAAUUCUGUAAGGACUUCACGGCUGGUGCAACGGCUGCCGUUAUUGCAAAGACCAUUAUUGCACCAAUUGAACGGGUUAAACUGAUCCUUCAGCUUCAAUCAGCCCAGCAAACAAUCGAAGUUUCAAAACGAUACAGGGGAAUGGUCGACUGCUUUAUUCGAGUGCCACGUGAGCAAGGUUUCUUGUCGUUUUGGCGUGGUAAUAUGGUCAACAUUGCGAGAGCUUGUUCACAAGAAUCUCUUGGAUUUGCAUUCAAAGAUUUCUUCAAAAUUUGGUUUGCCACAAAUUUGAGCAAAAAAGAUUCAUAUUGGAAGGUUUUGUCAGGUAACAUUGCGGCUGGAGGUGCAUCCGGCGUAGCAACAUAUUGUAUCAUAUAUCCGCUUGAUUUUGUUCGAACAAGGUUAGCAAUUGAUAUGGGUAAGGAGAAAUCGAGAGAGUUCGCAGGAUUUUUUGAUUGUAUGCGGAAGAUUUACAAAUGCGAUGGAUUCCGUGGACUAUAUUAUGGGUUUUGGCCAUCUCUGCAAUAUAUAUUCCUAUAUCGUGGUGCAUAUUUUGGUCUGUUUGAUUCGGCUAAAAUUAUGUUAUCGAAAAAAGACAAUCAUCAAAUCGGUUUUUUGACUGCCUUCAUUGUUGGUCAAUUUGUGACCUUCACAGCUGCGUUUAUCUCGUAUCCUCAUGAUACUGUGAGACGAAGGCUGAUGAUGCAAGCCGGUAGAAGUGAUACACUUUAUCGUGGAGUGUGGCACUGCACAAAGGUGAUAUUUUACUGGCGUUAUCGUGAUUUCAGU